AUGGAGGAAGCCCCGCGGAGGCAGCGCCCGCUUUCCAACGCCAGGUACCGGGAGCGGGGCUUCUGGGAGGCGCGCUACGAGCAGGAGGGAGCCGAGCCCACCGAGUGGUUCGGGGGCUUGGAGUGCUUCCGCGAACAGCUGGAGGCGGAACUGAAGCCGGGGGACCGGAUCCUGGUGCUGGGUUGUGGGAACAGUGCUCUGAGUUACAAUCUUUUCCAACUCGGAUACAGAGACAUCACCAACAUAGAUUAUUCCGCUGUCUGCAUUUCAAGUAUGCAAGACCGUUAUGCCCAUUGCUCAGGCUUACACUGGGCGGUAAUGGAUGCCCGGUUCUUGACUUUCAUGGAUGGAAGCUUUGACGUGGUCUUGGAGAAGGGCUUUGUGGAUUCCAUCAUGGUAGAAGAAAAGGAUCUCUGGAAUGUCUCCCAAGAGGCCAAGAUACUUCUGGACCAAGUAUUAACUGAGGUCGCCCGAGUCUUGCAACCCCGAGGAAGGUUCAUCUCCAUCACUUUUGCCCAGCCACAUUUCCGCAAGCGGCACUACGCCCAGCGUGCCUACAACUGGUCCAUCCAACAUGUCAGUUACGGAAAGGACUUCCACUAUUUCCUCUACGUCAUGAAGAAAGGUGGGGAGAUGUCCCCCUCUGACAUAGCCCUGGGGCAGAGCCUCCAUCGGCAUCCCUCGCCUCCCAGCCCUGUGUGCCUCCACCAGGAGCCCGACUGUGAGAAUUACCUCUUCAACAUUCAGCUCUGA